GCAUGAGUAAUAAAAACAGACAGCGAAGUAGGGGAGGGGUGCAAAGUAACCACAGUAACGCCAGGUUCAACAACAGUAGGAACAACAGAGGCGGGACCGGUGGUUAUGCGCGUAACAACAGUAGCGGUGCCAUGCCGCAUGUUAACAAUAACAGUUACCGUGAUAGCCGCGGUGCUGACGCCCCUGUCAAACCGGAGGGAAUCUACCACAAUCACUCUAUCUUAGCUGCACUGUCUCAUUUAGUGGGCCGCGUUGUUCAUGUUAGAACAAGAAACGAUGGAAUGUACGAGGGUGUAUUUUGUACUUUGUCGCCCAAAGCAGCUUUUGUUUUGAAAUGCGUACACAAGCUGGAGAAGAAGACAGCUAAUGGUUUCAAUGGGCCUGGGAUCUCCAGUCCAUUGCCUUGUAGGGACGAGUUGAACAAAGAAUUGAUAUUUGAUUUCAAAGACAUUAUUUCUAUCAGCGGGAAAAUAGAAAAGCCCAGCAUAAGAGACGUUAAAGACAAGUUCUUGGUUGAUUCUGAAGUGGGUAAGAGGAGAGCGGCUAAAGGAGAACCUAAAGAGUUACAGAAGUGGAGCGACGGUGGAGAUAUACACCAGACUUUCAAUGAAAUAUCACUUGAUUCUACCAGCGGUAACGGCUGGACGUACGAAGACAUGAUCCGUACGAACGAGGAAAAGUUCAAUGUGUCCAGUAUGUAUGAUGAGAAUAUGACGGAGUAUACUGUACCAGUACCGGAAUGUGACGAGGAAACGAAAAGGAAAGCUGCUCAACUUGCUGAUGAUAUUGAGAAGAAAGUGACAACGAAUAUUCACAUUGCAGAGGAGAGAGGACAGAUUAUGCCCACUGAUUUGAACGAAGAAGAAAGGUACAGUUCAGUUGUGCGACCCGCUCAGUACAUUGAGAUCACAGAACCAGCUAAGAGGUAUGCUGCAGACAUUCCUGCACCUCUCAGCCAGAUUGAUGAACCUACUGAAGAUGUGUUCAAGGAGGAGAAGGAGGCUGCUCUCAAGAAACAGAAAGAGGCAGUUGCGUUGGUAGCAGAGCAAGGUACAGCCUCACCACUCACUACGGUGCCUCAGUCAGACUCUAAAAAGUGUGUUGUCGAGACACAAACGGACCUUCAAGUCUCCGCAGCCAAGAAGACCAUUACGUCCCCAACUGGCUCGGCGCCUUCGUCACCUCAAGUUCCUACCCAGGACAAAACUCACCUGUCUCCUCAAGAGAACCUGCCUGUCCAAAUACCUGACACAGUGUCCACCACACCCAUCAAGAUAUCUUCAAAGUUAUCUGGAUUGGAUGAUUUUCCUCCCGAGCCAUCACAACCUCAAGAGUCACUCACCUCACUGUUACCCUCACCUUCUGUAUCUGACUCACCCUCCUUGCCAUCUCUCACAAACGCUCAGAUAGACACACACACUGCCAUACCCUCUACAACAUCCACUGGAAUGCAAACAUCACCUCUUGUAAAACCAAAGAAAGGUGCUCUGACUCCAAAAUCUCAGAUACCUCUUACGAGCGCGGCUGUUGACUCCAGCAAGAUUGAAAGUGGAUCUCAACAGACGCCCACUAAACAGGUGAGUAGUCCGUUAGCGGUACAACACUCAUCCACCCAGUCUACCCCCACAAAGAAGAAGAGUGAAGACUUGGAGCACGUGACUCAGAAACAAAUCAUGAAGUCUGAAAGGAGCAGAAAGGAGGAAACCAAGGAGGGACUCCGGAACUUCAAGAACAAGUUCGAAGAUUCUACCCAGUCCAGAGUAUCUAAAGUUCCUGCGACUGUUGCUCAAACAACAGCCAUGCCGCCUCAUCAAGUCAUCCAACAAGUGUCCCAACAGCCGAUAGCUGGGCCCCAACAAGGGGGUCCACCCCAGAUGAUGCAGGGCAAGCAGAGAAACGACAGCAUGAGCAGCGAGAGCUCGUAUACAAUGAAUCAGCAGUACCACCACCAACAGCAGCGUCACUCCCUCACUCAGAUGCAGAGUUUGCGGUCACUAGCCAUCUCACUCGCUCCUUCUAGGUCUAUGUCAGUGUUUCCUGUAAACGCUGCAGCAUCUUCCAGCAAACAUUUCCUCCAGUUCUUUCUUGGACGACCCCUAGAUCUCCUCCCAUGCGCAGGGGUCCAGUUAAGCAGAAACAUACAUUCCAACAAGACAACAACGCAGCAACAACAACUCCAUAACAUGCAGCUGCUUAUAUCCACGGCUAUUGUUCAACAGCGAGCAGCAGAACAGACAACAACAACUGCUAAGCAGCAACAAAGAGCAGCAAGCAACAACAACAACAACAGCAACAACAACAGCAACAGCAACACAGCAGCAGCAGCAGCAGCAACAAGUUCAGCAUUCGCAACAACAGCAACAGAGACAAUCCCAACAGCACAUGGCACCGCCACAAUUGGAAGCCAGCCGACUUCUCUUUCCAUCUUGAAGCUGUUGGAAUUUAAACCAGGCAGCUGGGCUUCAGGUUCCUCUGUUGCCAGCUCUCCAAUACCCCAACCCAAACAAGUGCUAAUCCAGCCCCAAGUGGACCAGAAAAACAACAAUAUGGUAAUGGUCCCUCAACCACUAGCAGUGAUACCUACUCCCCAGACCAUGGUAUCUCAGUAUACUGGCCCUCACGGCCAUGGGCCUCCUCUUGUUGCCCUCUAUCCUACCUCAACUCUAAUGCAGGGAAGGUACUUAGCUCCAGCGGCAAUGCAGCAACACCCGGCCGUAUCCAUGGCAGCCCAACACCACACCGCCAUGGCAACCAGUCACCACGAUCCCAGCAAUGGCUCUCCUGCCGGCAUCAUGUCUCCCACCUCCCCUACCUCUCAACCUCAGAUUAUAUACCACCCACAUCACCCAGCUCAGACUCAGCUGGUGUCCCACGCACACGGCCAGUACCUUGCACAACAGACUCAGUUCCAAGCAGCCCAGAUGCAGAACAACCCCCACAUGCUGCAGUUGCAGCAGGGUCACAUGUCGAAUGCGUCGCAAGGCGGAGGCCCCUACGCCAACCCCCUUCAACCCGGCCAUCACACUGUUUUCCCUGGUUACCCCCCUUCUGUUGGAUAAUAUUUUGUGAGAAAAUCUCGUGUAUCUUUCAUUGUUUCUUUACUAAACCAGCAUCAGACCAACCUUAAUUUCCCCCACUAGCGACUUUAUUUCCUCGCUUGUGCAUUUUUUACAUCGAAAACUUUUUUCCAGAUACUUAGUCACUAUUUAGGAUGAAAUCCAAUCACAAUUCAAUUAGAAUUAACGCGGAUACUUGAUUAUAUGAUAACAAAUCUUAUUAUCAAGCAACUAUGGAGAUUAUGCCGGAUAUUUUUGGGUGUUUCCCUUCAUUGUCUGGUGCUGGUUUUAACUUUUAUAUUUAGUUUUUGGUUACUUUUCUACACUUUUUGUGUGUCUAUAUCAGAAUCUUUAUUAAAAUUAAAAGUGAUGUUUUCGAGCUAAAAAGAAUGAGUUAUUUAAUAAUAUUUCGAAUGCGGCACAUUUCAGUUCACAUUUCAGUGAGAAGGGUCUGUGGGAUAUAGCAGUCAUAGCUGAAAGAAAUGACUUGUUAUAAAGUAUUAGAUAUUAGAUUCCUUUGUAGGAUUCUUUAGACGAGCUAUUUCUUGACGAGAAGAGAGUUAGAUCAAGAAAACGUAUUGCGCUGGGUUGGGAAUUUGGAAGAGUUUUAACGUCUGAGAUGAGGUGACGUGCUGUCAAUAACCAACGAUUAGGUUAUAAAGUGAUGUAAAAUGAGAAAAAAAGGAACGGCGAGUAGAAAUUGUCAGUGCCAAGCUGGGUCUUCUUAGAAUUUGGAUAGGUUCUGUCUGCCGUAUGAAUAAGGUUUUCUAUUCUCGUUAAAUUUUGUGAGAGAAUUCUGGAUCAUGGGUCGGCAGAACGUCCUUUUUAUUCGUAGUAUUUUAGUAACGAUGAGUGUUUUUUGAUAAAUUUAUCAGUCCUGAUAUCAAAUAUUUGAAGUAGAUAUGGUAGCUAAGAUGUCACACAUUUGCAUAUAGAGAGCGUUCACAUAUUACGUCAUCAUUCAGGGGUGGGGGGGGUUUGAAAUUGGACACAAUUGCCUUGUGUAGCUCGCGGACGGUGGGAGGGCAGAAGAUUUUAAAGACGCAAAAUCUUAUACUACGUCUUGCUGACGUAAUAUGUGAACAAUCCCAUAGCAAUGGAUUGAAGUUGAAAAUAAUUUCGGAACGGUUUAUUCUAUCACAAACUGGUGUCAUAAAAUGUAUUCAUCAUUGGUAAUUUGGUUCCUAA